AAUAAUAGAUAGAUAAAUAAAUAAUUCAAAGAGAAGAAAGACAAAACCUUUGAGAUUUUAUAAAUACGAGUUAUUAUUCUAAAUUAUAAUUAUCAAAUAACAAAAAGUAUCAAAAAUCAAUAUAUUAGUAAAAACAUCAACAAUACACAUAAAAUGAAUCAAAAUUAUUAAUAUCAACCUUAUGGAAGGUUAAAUGAAACUGAGGAUAAUAUUCCUCAAGGAUAGCCAGUUGAAAGCCAAAACAUAUAAAUGGCUCGUAUGUCUUAAACUCCUUAACAACCAAUAUCAAUUCCAUAAUAAAUUCCAGUUUAAUAAACUUAUCCUCAAAAUAUUCCUCAACAAUACAACUAUCCUCCUCUCCCAUAAGGAUAAUUAAGCUCUCCUCCCUAGAUGUAUGCUUCAAAUCCUGCACCAGUGAAUCCUUAUUCCCAAAUGGGUUAAUCAUAGGUAUAAGUACAAAAUGUUGCUCCUGUUUAAUAAAAUUUUGCCAUGCUACCUAUUGUAAACCAUCCUACUUCUAGACAUCCUCAAUAAUUAUACUGUGCUAAUUGCAAGUAAUACACAACUACAAAGGUUGCUCUUAAAAACGGAUCUGGAGCUUACAUUGCUGGUGGUGUUAUUGCAGCUUGUGGUUUCUGGUUAGGUUGUUGCUUAAUUCCUUGUAUGGUUGAUGAUUGUAAAGAUUCAGUACACUUUUGCACGAGAUGCGGUAGCAACCUAGGUUCAAAGAGAUUCUUGUUUGAUUGA